UAAGUUAUAGUUUGUGCAAUCAAUUGUGGAGCGAAGUACGCUUGCGCUGAUAGAGUGUGUGUUCCGAGUUGAGUGGUGUUGCAAGUUCGGGGGGUUCAGCUAUGUUUGGGAUGAUAAAAAACUCACUGUUCAGCCAGACUGAACACAGACCCUGUCACACUGUCAGCUCAGGCACCAAGGGAGAGCUGGACUAUGAGGAGAGGAGGUAUGACCCUGGCAACUACGCCACUGUCACCAUCACUGGAAAACCAUUCGACGAGAGCUCGGGCGAAGGUGCGGUGAAGCUGCUCAAAUACGUCGGAGGGAGCAAUGAAGGAGGUCUGCAGUUAGGAAUGACUGCCCCGGUCAGCAUGAAAGUCCACCCAAGUGAGGAUGGCAGCCUGCAGCCCUCCAUCGAGGUCCAAGUUCGCAUCCCCAGCAAAUUCCAGGAGAACGCUCCCAAGCCAACGGAUGAGAGCAUCGAGAUCAAGCGGCUGGAGGAGUUCACGGUCUACUCAACGCAGUUCGGUGGCUACGCCAAAGAGGCCCAGUUCGUCGAGUGUGCGGCAAAGCUGCGGGCUGCGCUGGGCAAUGCCGUGCCCUACCAUCACGACUUCUACUACUGCGUCGGCUAUGACCCUCCCAUGAAGCCCAUCGGCAGGAGGAAUGAAGUGUGGUUUUUGAAGAGGGACGAUGGGGGUUUGGGUGUGCAGCCGAAUUCACAGUGAGUGGAGCUCCUGUGCCUUGAGAUGUCCCGGGGGGGGGGGGGGGGUAAGCUGAGACAGAUCAUUGGUCACCGAAUGGGGGGAGAGAAGUGUCUCACUGAAUAGAGCUAAUCCUCAGGGUUCAUCAAGAUGGCUGAGUUUGUCAUCGAAACAUCAGCUAUAAUCAAUUCUUGUUACAAUCGAUACCUUUCCUUGGUGAAAGCCCAAGAAAAGUGUAUUCUCUUCUCUGAAAGCACUAGAUCCUUUUUAUAAUUAACUUUGUCGUGAGUAGCAAGAACACUGAAAUGCAAACUGCCUUUCAAGCAGUAGUUAUGUGAAAUGUACUCACUUGCAAAGUUUUGUUGUGAUCACUACUCCCCUUUUGAACUAAUCCUCAGAAUAAACUAUUAUCAUAAGCA